AUGGCCGCCGAGCUCCGCGCCCACUCACGCCAGGCCGCGUCCGAGGACGCCCGCCGCGCAAAGGCCGACGCGUCGGCCCGCGGGCUCUCAGAUGAGACGGCCCGCUUGCACGCCGACCUCAAGGUUAUAGCCGCGGAGCUUGCCACCGUGAAGGGUAAGAGGGACCGCUUGGUUAAGGAGAAUAAGGCGCUGCAGGUUGUUGAAGAGAAGAAUCGCAGCCUGUCGCUUGAGGUGGACCGCUUGACCGUGGCGGCGGCGGCGGCGACGAAUGGUGUCGGGGGGCAGGUCGUAGGGGCGCGCGGGUUGCCGGACGGAUCGCAAUUUGAAAAGCGUCUUACGGAAGUGCGCCAGGAGAAGGACGCGCUGCAGAAAAAGCUCAAAGCGCAUGAGGCGCACUCGACAAAGGUACGGGAGACGUACCAGAAAUUGUCCCAAAUGUACAACGACCUACGCGAGCACAACGCCGCACUGCAAAGUGAGGUCGAUCAGAUCAAAGCCAAUAAGGAUGAGCAAAACGAAUCGGAUGCGGGAGAAAGGGACGACCUCCUCUCUGAGCUAGAUGAGGCACGCCGAGACAUCGACGACCUGGAGGCCGACAAGGAAGCGCUGCAGUCCGACCACGACCGAUUGGAAUCCCAGGUCAACUCGCUGCAGGAGCGAUUGAGAAACACUACCGGACAUCUCGAAGAUUCCCAAGCAGAGGUCGAUGCACUGUACGAAGAAUCCGUCGAGCUGAAGGCCCAGCGCGACAUGGCCAUGCAGCGAGCGCUGUCGAGAGGGAAGAGCAUGGCGGCCGGUGAACAAGCCGCAAGCCGCUCGGUCGACAAAGUGGAGGAAGAACUGCGCGUUUCCCGCGAAAAGAGUGAUCGCGAGCAGACCCGCCUCAUGAGGAGAGUAGCGGAACUUGAACAAGAGGUGGCCGACCUGCGUGAAGACAUCGAAUACGAAAAGGCCGAAAAAAUCAAGACCCGCGCAGAGCGCGACAACUUUAGAAACAAUGCUCGCACGCUGGAACGCAAAACCUCCGUCGCUGCAAAACAAUCCGACGCGAUGAGCUCCUUGAAACGGCAGAUCUCUACGCAUCAGAUGAGGCAACAAGAUCACGAGUCCAUGAUCACUGAACUUAAGUCGGAGGUGGGGCGACUCGAGGCGGAGUUGACCGACGUCAAGGGUGCCUUCAAUGACCGAAGGUCGUCCAAUGCGGAGGAGCUGGGAGAUGUCCUCCAAGAUCUCGUCAUGACCAAGCUCGCCCUUGCACAGGCCGAAGACGACAAGCUGAACCUACAGUUUUCUAUCAAGGAGCGCAAAAAGUCGGAGAAGGUUACCCAGCAGCGUCUGGCCGAGCAUGCUUCUCGUUUAGAGGUCGAGCUUGGAGAAGCAAAUGAAGAAUUGGAGAAACUGCGAAGGCAGCAACAGUUGGAAGACGCCACCGAGUUAAAUGAAGUCGGAAGUGACGUUGACUACUAACUGCGUUGCGCGGACGGCCAGCACCUCGCAUGACGAUAGUGGCUCUCGGCAAGAAAAUGUUUUGGAACAAACUAGGAACACCUUGUACUAACUGCUCAACUUUCACAAUAAAACUUUUCCCCUUCCUUCU